AUGCGUUCCUCAUCCACUAUCUGGACAGCACUCAGUCCCCUCCUCCUCCUCCUCCUCCUCGCCCUCACCUCAACAACCACUGUAACCGCUCAAUCUGACAAAUGCCACGCCUGCAUCCGCAAAGCAAUCACCGUAGUCCCUGACUGUACCAGCCUCACCCCUGCCUCCCUCGACACCCUUGACAAGAUCAUCAUCGGCUCCGCCGACGACGCCACCGACAAGUACAAAACCUCGGACCCUGCUGGACUGAAAUGCCUGACCGCCUUGAUGUGGGAUAGUGUGCAGUACAAGGGCAAGCUCUGGGGUGGGUGUUUGGACCCUGUGAAUGCGUGCCCUUGGUCAGAGAUGAUGCAGUGGUUGGAGAUCAUUCCCAAGGUUGCAUCCAUCUAUGGUGCUGGUGCUCCUCCCGCCCAGGUCUUGGUUGGUGCUCCCGCCUAA